CUUACUUACCCAGAUUUUCUUUUCUGCUUUCCUUUCGUUUUUUUUUUCUCCUUGAUAAAGUUGAAUAUGGGUUUUUACGUGUUCUUAACUUCUUUUUUGGACUGGCUAGUCUGAUUUGAGUAAGAGAUAUGGGGAAGAUCUGUGUGCUGUAAUGAUUAGUGAAGUAGUUUGAAUAUAUCAGAUUGGUCUACAAUUUCUUGUUUGAUAUGCAGAAUUUUUCUUCUGGGUUUAUGUUAAGUUGGAUAAAGGCACCUGAUAUCAGGAAUGGGUUCUGGUGAUUGGUUUAAGAAAAUAAUUAGUUUAAAGAAGGUGAAGCAAGAUGGUUCAAAGCCAGUAAAGGGGUCUUCAGAUACUGCAAAAUCACGCGGUUUCAAAUGGAAGAACCGACCAUGCAAGGGGUCUGCUGGUUCUGCUGGUUCUGCUGGUUCUGCUGGUGGCAAUCCCAGAGUUCUUGACGUGCCAUUUGAGGACUUGGCUGCCAUUCGGAUUCAAACUGCAUUUAGAGCCUAUAUGGCCAGAAAAACUUUACGCCUUUUGAAAGGAGCUAUGAGAUUACAGAUCCUGACCCAAAAGGAUUCUGUUAAAAAGCAAGCUACAACUACAUUGAACUGUGUUUAUACAUGGAGCAAAAUACAGGCCCAAAUUAGAGCUCACCGACAAAGUAUGGUAAUGGAAGGCCGGUUGAGACAGAAGAAAUUACAAAAUCAACUUAAACUUGAGGCAAAGCUUCAUGAUCUUGAGGUAGAAUGGUGUGGUGGCUCCGACACAAGGGAAGAAAUUCUUGCAAGAAUACAUCAGAGGGAAGAAGCAGCUGUUAAGCGAGAGCGAGCAAUGGCAUAUGCCUUUUCUCAUCAGUGGAGGGCCAGCACAAGCCAGAACCUUGGGCUGGUUAAUUAUGCACUUGGCAAAGCAAAUUGGGGUUGGAGCUGGAGGGAACGCUGGAUUGCUGCUCGUCCAUGGGAAAUCCGAAUCCCUGCUCAUACCAUCAGUCCAAAGAAAGUGCAAAGCAAACAGACAAACAAAGCUGGUAAAAACACCAAUUCACCAACUGCAAAAACCCCAGUUUCAUCUAAACCUUCUUUGUCCAAUGGAAAGGGAAAUCCAAAGCCCCGUAGAUUGUCAUAUCCAUCUGCUGAAAAAGGAGCUACACAUGAAAAAAGCAUUAAAACUGAAGAAGCGAAAUCUAGAGGGCAGCAGUUAGUAUCUUAGUCCCUGUCCAGUACAUAAAGUUGAAAGCUUAAUCUUCAGUCAGUUGUUUGGUAAGGAAGGGAAGAUUCUUUUAUGUAUACGUUCUUUUUAGAUUGUGUAUACAACAUGAGUGGUGUGAUUGUGAUAUACUUCACCAUGCAGUGCGGAACAGUAGAACAUUCUAGGCCAAUGUUAUAAUGCUCCUUACUCUGUCUUUUUUUUUUUUUUUGAAAAAUCAUUUGCAUCUGUAAUAUAAAUAUGCAGACGGCAUUGUUGGAGUGAAAUGAUGGUGUAUUUUGGGAGGGUGUUACUGUUA